AAGAAUCACAGCGCUGCCCUAUAACUUCAGCACAACCAAUCAUCCAAACUUUUGACUCCUCUUGCCCAAAAGCCCUUGACAACAAAAAAAACUUGAAUCCACUGGUUGAUGUGUAUAUACCACAUGCUUUUCAACAUCCUGGAAAUGAGGCAAAUGUAGAGUUUUCUGCUGAAGAGAAUUCUGUUACUAAUUCAGCCAAGUGGGAGCCUAUGACAGGAGAGAAUUUGUCAAUCACCAAAUCACAGCCAGGAAAGGAUGUUUUAACUGAGCCUGUGGGCGAUCAGCAAACCAAGCCUCCCCUCAGACCACUGCUGUUGCCCAACAUGCCCAAGACCAAGAAAAUUAGGACUGUGAAAGAUGCUACAGUGCAAACAGAUGAUAAGGAAAAGCCAGAUAGCAGACUUUGUCCCAUUUGUCAAGGAAAGCCAUCUGAUUCUGACAAAUGUUCAGUUACACCAGUUUUUAAGGUAAAUGUUUUAUUACUAGAUGAGUACAAUGAAGUUACAUAGCCAUAUCGUAAUUCAGGAGUUUGUUUUAUUAACCCAAUUAUUUUUAAGCAACCAAGAUCUAAAUUUAACUGUUGGAUUAAUUUUUUUAAUUUGGCCACAUGGCUGUGUUAAUUUUUUUAAUCAUCUGUAAUUAAACAUUUUGUCUUCAUAGGAUUUAACCCAUUAAUCUGCCAAUAAUUGGUAAUCUUUCGGUAAUGUUAGUUUUACAUUUAGGUUGGGGUUUUCUGUUGUUGAGAAUAUUGGAUGCUUUUAAGGGACAGUACAAAAUCGGGCUUCAUGCAUUACUUUAAACAUUCAAUCAUUACAUAAGAUACUUUAAACAUUCAAUCAUUACAUAAGGUCCUUUAAACAUUCAAAUCAUUAUAUUAGGUACUUCAAACAUUCAAUCAUUACAAAAUGUACUUUAAACAUUUAAUCAUUACAUCACUCUUAAAAACAUACACACACAAACUUUUUUCUUUCUUCCUUCUUCCUAACCUGAGAGUUAGUCGGUGAUUAGGAGAUUACAUGGCCGACAACAAAUAUUAUAAUAAUUUUUCAUUUUUGUCCAGACUAUUAUAGCUGGAUAUAAUGUAACUCAUCCUUCAGGUAUUUUUUUGGGUUACAAUCUGUUAAAAGUACUAGUGUAAUACAGUUAAAUGGCUCUCUAUACUUCUCUUCUUUUUUUUUUUUUACCAUUACAUGACUCUGAUACAUAUUUGGCAUGUGCAAGUAUAUCACUGCCUUGACUUUAAAUGUAUGGUGAGCAUUGUGUUCAAGUUAUCCAGAAGAAUUUAUUUUAUUUGUUUUUGUAAAUUCACAAAUCAAAUUUAAAUAAAUUUAUGUAAUAAGGCCCCCAUUAUUUUACAUAGGAUGGGGCCUUGUUUGGAAUACAAAACUAUGUGUAUAUUUAUUUAAUUAUCUUUACAAAAGGCAGUCUUAAAAAUUCCUGACAUAAAAUAUAACAAAUUUCAAAACUAUUAUCCUGGGAGCUGCCUUGCCCAUCAACUAUUACUUUGACAUAUAUAUAUAUAUCGGCAUCCUUCCGUCUCGUGAGACGAUGGUGCAUCACUGUUGGGUUGGGUUGCAUUUUCUCAAGUGGCUGUGCAGUCCUAUCCUUGAGUGACAGUCUUUACCACAGUUUUUACACACGAGUUCCGUGCUUCUAAAUGUUUUGGCCUUUCUCCUAGCUCUUCUGUCUGCAGCCUCUUCCAUUCUUCGCUCCUCGGCUACCAUGACGCCCUCUUUGACAACUGUGCGCCACGUAGAUCGGUCUUUUGCCUUACACUCCCAGUCACUUGUAUGUAUUUUGGCUGCUUUCAUGUCCCUUUGACAGACAUCUUUAAAUCGCAGACGUGGGCGACCUGUUUUCCUCUUUCCCGAAGCAAGUUCACCAUAUAGGAGGUCUUUCGGAAUGCGGCCGGGACUCAUUCUUUUAACAUGACCUAGCCAUCUCAGGCGUCUUUCACUAAGGAUUGUGAACAUGCUUUGGGUAUUCGCACGCAUUAGGACCUCACUAUUAGUCACUUUUUCUUGCCAUUUAAUACCAAGGAUGCGACGCAGGCAUCUCAUAUACAUAUACUUUUAUUUUAAUGACUGACACCUUCCUCAAAAAUACACUCCUGGCCACAUCUCUUGUGGAUUUCACAUAACUUUCCCAAAGUCUGUCUGCUGUUUUAUGGUAACGGUCAGAGAGUAAAAUGUCAGGCCUAUUCACAACACUCAAAUGAUUUGGAAUCAGAGGGGUGUUUACUUAUAUUUCUUCAUCCCGUUAUUGUAAUAAUCGUUCACUCUGGGAUAGUACUUAUAUAAUUGUAAUUAAUUUAGUAAAUAUUAUAAUGUAAUAAAUUAAUAGCAAUUUUAAUAAACAAUAACAAAAUACAUAAAUUAUAAAUCAUAAUAGGGGACAUAUUACUGCUUUAGAAAACCUAAUCUCUUAAAUGUUAAGAUUUAUCGUCUAAACUUUUUGUUUAAUCCAAAAGAGAGGUAUGAUAACACAUUGAUAUGAAAAAUAUUUUUCAUCAGAAAUUCAACCUUGAAUCAUGAAUGCUUUAUGGAUUGUUGUUUUUUCAUAUAAUUGUUAAACCUUUUAUUUUCCUUACAGAAACUAAAUUUGGAACAGAAGACAAAAUAUCUGGCCUUGCAAGCUUCAUUUUUGUUGAGGGUGUCAUCAGAAGUAACUAAGAGCCAAGAUGAAUGGAAGAAGACACUAAAGAAAAAGCUGCAGAUGCUAUACAAGCAGUUUGGCACUAAGG